UAGGUGCAUCCUUUUGUGAAACAGACUUAUUCAAUAGAUAAUGCUCAUUUGAGUUCGACCAGGCGCUGGGGGAUACUCAUAUCCGCUGUACAUCAUUGAGUGAUAGCACUUAGAAACCAGUGGGUGUCUUCAAGUUAGUGUGAAGUGACAGAUAUGUUCCGACCUCGAUCGUCAAAGGCAAGUGUAUCUUUGUACGUGUCGCUAGGCGUAACACAGAAGGCAAGCCAAGAUGACAUAGAAAGGGCAUACAUAUUGCUUCACAAGAAAUACAAACAGGAUGUAAAUGAAGGAAAGACAGGAUCUAAAAGAAAGUUGAAGCAGGUUGAGAAGGCUUAUGGCAUUCUGGGCGAUCCGUCGAAGCGAGCGAUUUACGACAAACAUGGAACGGUGCAAUGGUGGGCAAAGAUUCGGCAUAAAUUCUCCCCAGAAUCUCUCGAUAAACGUAGCCCAGCCGUAAAAGGUCUAUUUACAUUCUGCUUCACAGCAACUUGCUGUUGCUUCUGCUACUGUUGCCACCACUGCUGCAACACGUGCACACCACAGACAUGCGAGCACGACGACGACGAGAUCUACAUCCGGGAAAACUUUGGAGAUUACCUCAGGGAAGGCAACUACACCCCAUCCCCUUUCAAUCGAAGACACCAGAAGGAAGACCUGAGGCAAGCAGCGCGAAGGAGACGAAGGGACAUGUACAUGAAGAAGGGUCGGGCAAAGUCCAAAGGCGUCUGUCAGCAGAAGGAUGGGGGAGAACCAGAGGGCACACAGGACCUUGACAAGACCCAAGGUAAAGAGUAUCAACUGAAGAGGAUCAGCAAGAAGUCGUUGAUCAGUAAGGACAGUGGAUGCGACGUAGGAUCGGACAACAAUGGAUAUGUCUAUGAUCUGGAUGAGGGGAGCAUCCGUGACAGUGAAGGUUUCGAUGAGGAAAUUAGAUUGGACCAGGCUUCUGUGGAUGUCCACUGCAAAGAGGAUCAAGGCCAUCAAGGAAACUCUCCCAGUUUAAAUCCUAUAGAAUGUUCCGUUAAGUCUAUUGAGUGUACUUUGUCUGAUAUACAAUACAAAGAAGACCGAGAAAGCUCUGUCAGUGAACAGAGUGACAAGGACAAAGACACCUUGAACCACAUGCACCAAGAAACACCUCCAAAGUCAGAUACUGUGAAUGUUCUUAACGAGAUAAACCUUGGACAUUGUUCAGUGGAUGUCCACAACAAAGAAGACAACUCAGUUGAUGAACACAUUAACCAGGACCAAGAUAAUAACUUGGACCACCUUCGGAACUCACCUGCAUCAGAUACUUUGGAUGAUCUCAAAUUAACCAACCUUGAACCUUCAUCAGUGGAUAAACAAAGCAUUGAAGAUCAAGGCUACUCAGCAGAUGGAGACACCUUGAACCAACAAGGGAACUUAUUAGUUUCAGAUACCGUUCCUAGUCCCAAUGAGAUUAGCCAUGGACAUUCUUCUUUGGACGUCCAGAGCAUAGAUUGUCAAGACAGCUCAGAGGAUGAUCAGUCCGUAAAAAGCGAAAAAGAUCAAGAAAUCUUGGACCAAUCAGGGAAAGCUUGUGAUUCAGAAACUUCAAGCAGUCCUGACGAGGUUGACCUAUAAUAAUCAUGAAAUUAACAAAUCAUCUCAGUACUGUAUACAUCUUCGUGAUUAUCUAGUGGUUGUGUUCCUGCAAUGUUGAUCAUGAGGUCCUUGGUUCAAAUCUUGCAUAAGCUUAAGUAGUGUCAUUUAUCGAGGCAUUAACCUUUGAUUGCUUCUUUCCACACAAGAGCACUACUUCUCUUUGAAAAUAAUGGGGAAGGUGGGAGGGGUGUCUCUUAAUAUGACUUUUAUUACUAUCCAUAAUUUAUUGUAUCAUUCCAAACGAUGAAAUAAUGAUGUGGCCAAUUAGAAAAUUCAAAAGGUUCAAAGGUUUUCUAGGCCCUAGGAAGUUUUUCAAUCUUUAGUCUGUGUAGACCCUCUGGCAAAAUAUCCUAUGUUAGAUUCUUAUUUAUGUUUAUUUAAAACAUUGGCUGUAUUUUGUUCAGAAAAUUAACUUGAUUAAUGUCACCAGCUGUGUACUAUAACAAAGGUGCAAUUAUCAUUUUUACAUGUGUCAUAUAUUUUUUAUUUGUGUCUGAAGCCCACCUCUUUAAGUUUUGUGUGCUCCGAUAUAUGAGGAAGUAAAAUAAACCAGGAAAACAUGCAAGUUAUUCUGUACUUAAGACUUACAUCAGCUGGAAUUUCACGUACUGAAAUCAAGUUUAUGCGAUAUGCAAACUGAAAUGUCAAAGUACUGUUUAAAAAGGCUUGAGUGGCCACAAUUAAAAUUGUAGGACAAUUUCAUCAAAUUUCAUUUGAACAUGUCAUAGUAUAAAUCGGUAAAUAAUUUCAGAA